AAAGGUUUUGUCAGUUUCCUGAUAGCUUGCUUCGGAAACACAUCCAAAUAUCUGCUCUUGAUCUGUCUUCAUUAUCGAAAACACAGCAUAUCACAGGGGCAAAGGGCCGGUGCUCACUCACGUGACCUGCUGCUUGAGUCUCGUUAUAGCUCUGAGAAGAGUACCGUCAAACUCUCUACUGAACAGAACGUAAAAGCCAGGCACAUCUGCAUCCAUGUAUUCUUAUAAUUAUAAAGUGGUCCAUGCCGGCGGGAGUCAGGUGGUAACCCAUCACCAGAGGCAAGUAGUGGUCCAACCUGCUCCUCAGCAACCUGUGGUGCUCCAAUCUCCAGCUCCAGCUUAUCAAGUCAUCCAGCCUCCAGCUCCAGCUGUCCAAGUCGUCCAGCCUCCAGCUCCAGCUGUCCAAGUCGUCCAGCCUCCAGCUCCAGCUGUCCAAGUCGUCCAGCCUCCAGCUCCAGCUGUCCAAGUCGUUCAGCCUCCAUCUCCAGCUGUCCAAGUCGUCCAGCCUCCAGCUCCAGCUGUUCAAGUCGUCCAGGCUCCAGCUCCAGCUGUCCAAGUCGUCCAGGCUCCAGCUCCAGCUGUUCAAGUCGUCCAGCCUUCAGCUCCAGCUGUUCAAGUCGUCCAGGCUACCGCUCCAGCUGUUCAAGUCGUCCAGCCUCCAUCUCCAGCUGUUCAUGUCGUCCAUUCUCGAGCUCCAGCUUAUCAAGUCAUCCAGUCUCCAGCUCCAACUGUUCAUGUCGUCCAGUCUCCAUCUCCAGCUGUUCGAUUCAUCCAGUCUGCAGCUAAUGCCAUGGUUUACCGUCGUUAUUACUGAAGUCAUGCUCUGUGCCACUGAACAAUCCAGGACGACGUGUACGACCCUCAACGCACUGCUAUGAAAACUCCAGUGGGAUUAUUUUUACGGCGAAAUUCUUUCAGGAAAUAAAUAGCCUGUAUUCUUAAUCAUAUCGUAUCCAUGGUGAUUAUAUACUUGUACAUUUACAGCAGCACAUGUGCUGCAUAUGCAAAUGAUAAUAGGGCAGAUGUCAGUGGGGCUAAUGCUCAUUACAAUCACUUCUUUUUAAGUUUGAUGAAUAAAUCAUGUUAAAUUAUUAGAUUCAAAUCUCGUUAAGACUGAGCUUUUGAUAACUUUGGGAAGGUCUUCUCAAGGCUUUAUUUUAUGGUAUAAACAGCAGACUGAGGAAACGAGACCGAUAAACACAAACCUGUUUCUGAUUAAAGGCUGUUACUGGCUGCAGAAAAUCCACAAUGUGAAUGUUAUUCAGGACUUAAAGGUGUUAUGAAGGUGUCACAAGGCUAUUAACAUCUUACAAACCCUGACAUGAGCAGUAAGACUUUAUGAAGUGGAACAUGUUAUAAAGCAUUCAUAAUGCAUUGUAUACACACAUAAUGAUUCACGAACAGGCAUUUUACACUUCAUAGCUAUAUUUAUUAUUCUAAAUAAUUAAAGAUUAUAACAUUUUAUAGCACACGUACCAAAAACAAGUUUUCCACUUCUACAUUCCACUUCUAUAAUAUUUACAUAAUGCAGCUUAUGAGUUCUUUUAAACACUCGUUUAUCGCUGAGCAUCAAUACAUCAGUCUGCAGUUCUGCUCUAUAUUGAUAUUGUUGUUUAUAAUGUGUUAUAAUGCAUUAUACUGUUAACACUUCAUUUAAUGCAUUAUAAAUAUGGCUAUAAAAUCAAAUUCCUUUUCAUAAAUUAUUAUAACCUUAUGUGCCUUAUGUCAGCAUUAUGAACAUGUUAUGCAGGUUGUAAUUACAGGUCAUUACACAUAUAAGCUACACAGCCAGUUGAUCAUUUUGACACGAGAUUGAAUAUAUGUAUAAAUGUGUAUAUUUCUGUGUAUAUUUGUUGUCUUAACUCUCAUGUGGUAUUAAGAUCACAGUGACUUGUUGUUUGUGUCACAGAGACUUUGGUGGUUUGUGUAUAACCUUCUAUUAAUAAUUAAAAAAUUUUGCUGAA